AUGAGUUAUCUAAAUUGUAAGUGGAAAUAACAUUACAUAAAAAAGUCUGCAAAGAUUACACAAUUACCGAGGAUUCGAUUUCAAAAGGAUAUUAGGGCUAAGUCCAUUGAUGAUAUAUUCGAGAAAACCAAGCUCAAUUCUUAAAGAGAUGAAACCAAAGAAGAAGACAACAUAUUAAGAAAUAGUGAUAGAGUAAUGUAUAAUUGGGUAAUAAUAUUUUGAAUAGUGGAGUAAGCAAGAAUAUAGCAAAAUACUAAAGAGGAACCUAAAUUCAGAUCAGUUUCAGUUGCUCUUAUAAAACAAAAAUUAUAAUAUGAAUAUGAAGAAGAUAUUACUACUAUACAUAAUAAAUGUGGGAUUAAGGUUGUGAAUUAAGCUUAAUAAAUGCAUAAUAAAGCAUAACCCUAAUCAAAUAAUCUCAGCGACUACGAAAAAUAGAAAUAAUAAGUGAAUGAGAUCUUUAAGAGUCUUUACACAUCUCAUUAAGAAAAGCGACUCAACAUCGAAAGAAUAGUAAGUGAUCGACCUUAAAGGAUGAAACCUAUAGAUUGGAAUGAAGUGAGAAGAAAAUUACCUAAAGAUUAGAUAGGAACCAUUUAUGAUCCUACAAGAUUCUAGAACUUAUAUGAAAAAUUCAACAAUGAAAUUGAAGCGAAUGUUCCUCAUGGACCAUUUAUCAGUUUUCGUCAAUUUUUGAGGGAAAGAAGAGGACACUUCAAAGAUUGA